CUUUCAGGUCUCAACUUACAAUAAAUACUGCAAUUGUUUACAUGCACAGGUUUUAUAUGCAUCAUUCCUUCACAAAAUUUAAUAGGAAUGGUGAAGGGGGUGGUCUCAAAGAGAAUGCAAGUCAGAUUUAAAUUCAUACUCCCAAGCCACCUGGCGAGUUCUUUAUAGAAGGGCAAAGGCCAAAGACCAAAACUAACUACUUAUCAAAAUCUUCUGAAUGCUUGGCCAGUUGAAAGCAUAACAUUGCAUUCACUCACUGCAAGAAGAAAUUUAUCACUAGACGUUAAUGUACAAGGCACUAGCAAUCUUCAAAGUAAGGUUAGCAGAGUUUCUUACAAGUAUGUGAAGUAUGUGUCUAAUUGUUCUUGUACAUACACUGGGAUUGUGGGCAGACCAUGACAAUACACCAUUUUAAGCAAGAGAGGAGGAGGCAACUUAGUGUUCAGGAAUGAAUGAAGCACAUCUAAAGUUAACAACAGUUUCUGUCCAUUAAUACCAAUGACCUGGACAGAUGAAAUUGUCUCAUUGCUUCCACGUGACUUGUGGUAAUUGCUUUCAUUUGUCUGUACCCUUUGCUGUUCCUUUUUACUCAUGGCAAUGAGAAAUUUUGAAGUUUUGGGCGUGAAAAUUAGGCAUGUCAGUUACAGUUGCCCGAGUUGUGAUCUCAAGCUUUCAUGCCCUUGCUUUUAUUAGUAGAUGAAUUUCCUUUAGCACUAAAUACUUAAUGCAUGUUUUAUACCUACAUGCAUAGUGAAGAGGUAUUUAAAGUGAGGAAACAUUCACUGAAUAGCUCAAUUCUGUUCUUUCAUUUUUAAACAUAUAUAUAUAAUCUUGAAAUUCUACAAUGCGUUAACUCUUCAUAUGGACAUAGGCAGACCAGCAAAACAACCACUUUAGAGUAUACAGUUACAGCUUUGGUGUUGAGCAUGCUGGCAAUUAAUCGGCAUAGCUGAGCCAUUUUUAAACUUGUUAAAUAUAUUUUACAUUAACAGUAUGUAUAGUUGGUAUAGGCCAGCUGUACAUUGUUUAGAUACCUACUGCACAUUUGAAAGGGUCACUUUUUCACUAGUAGAAGCUCACAUAUGGUUUGCCUAACCUCUUUUAGCAGUAGUUCAGAUUCUGCUUUCUCAAUGGCACUGUUGACUGUGAUUUAACUGACCUGGGUUUGCUGAUUUUUGUAAUCUUUGUGGUGGUACCAUUGUAGUAAUUUUGUUGAAGGAAGGUGCCAGCCACAUAACCUUGUAAAGUGUCUCUAUGAAAGUUUUCAGAAAAUUACGCUGUUCUUACAGCUGAUGUCUAGUAAUUGUAACUCAGUUUGGAGUUGACUGCUUGAGUACUUGCAAUGAGCUUUUAAAAUUAACACAUUUUUAAGAGAUUUUCUUUUGUUAGAAUAAAAACUGGUCUAAAUUUUGUCUUGCAGUAACAAUGAUUUGAAUACUUUUAAAGUCCAUACCCUUUUGGAAAUGGGCGAUGUUAUGUAUGUAGUAUAGUAGCAUGCUUGGCAGUAUGGAAAAUGUAAUCCCUCUACUGGAGAAUUAAGAUUCUCAGAAUGGGUUUCAAAGGCAGAGAAGGGAGAAGAGUUCCUUGGUGCGCAGGAAAUGAGAAGUAAGACAUCCAGAUGCAACUCUUGAACUCUAAGAUAAUAUCUCCUACUGCAUUGUUUUUGGCUGCAAAAGUAGAAGAACAGCCACGAAAACUUGAACAUGUUAUUAAAGUAGCACAUGCCUGUCUUCAUCCUCAAGAGCCACAGCUGGAUACAAAGAGUGAUGCAUACCUUCAGCAGGCCCAAGAGCUCGUUAUACUUGAAACGAUAAUGCUUCAAACUUUAGGUUUUGAGAUUACCAUUGAACAUCCACACACAGAUGUUGUGAAAUGUACGCAGUUAGUGAGAGCAAGCAAGGAUUUGGCACAGACAUCCUAUUUCAUGGCUACCAACAGUCUGCAUCUUACUACGUUCUGCCUUCAGUACAAACCAACAGUGAUAGCAUGUGUGUGCAUUCACCUGGCCUGCAAGUGGUCCAAUUGGGAGAUUCCUGUAUCGACUGACGGAAAGCAUUGGUGGGAAUAUGUGGAUCCUUCAGUGACUCUAGAAUUGCUAGAUGAGCUUACACAUGAGUUUCUGCAAAUACUGGAGAAAACACCUAGCAGGCUGAAAAGAAUUCGGAAUUGGAGGGCUAAUCAGGCUGCUAAGAAACCUAAAGGAGAUGGACAAGUAUCGGAGAAUUCUCUUCUUGGUUCAUCUUUGGUCCAGAAUUCCAUUUUGGUGGAUACUGUUACUGGUGUAUCUGCAAAUGCAAGUUUCCAAAAACAAUCAACAUCAUUUCCUGCACCAGUACCUCUGAACUCAGGAAGCAUGUCUGUUCCAGACAGUCAUGCACCUGAAAAUUUGGCAAUACUAGCUACAGGAAUGCCAAGUACCUCGUAUAGUUUGGCUUCUCACCAGGAAUGGCCUCAACAUCAAGAGCAAACAAGGACAGAACAAGUGUAUUCUCAAAAACAG